AUGUCUGAAGAGUGCGCUUCACAAGGUGCAGAGAACAAUAUGCCUGCCUCUGGCAACAGUUUACUGCAAAGCAGAGGGCCUGAAGAACCCUGGGAUGCCAAGGACACUCGUCGCAAAUUUCUGGCACUCUGCCUUGAUGGAGAUGAACCUGACGUGGUAAAGGUUGUGACUAUUGAUCUUACUGGUCUAAUGUCUGAUAGAGAGGUAUUCUCAAAGAUACAGGACACAUACCUUAACGAACGUGGGAACCGGUUCUUCAACUGGGCGUAUAAGCGUUUGGGUUGUCCCGCUGGGCUUGGGUGGAUGCGAUUUUUGCGAUUUUUGCCUCCAUUAGUACUGGAUAUUAUCCAGUUUCAGAUGCACCCUGGCGUGGAGGACGGACGGGAGAUUAUCGUGGCCAAUACGUCAAAGGUCCAGGAUGUCCCGCUGAUACGAGGCGACUCUCUUCAGGCAGAUCUUAGGUCUAACUAUGCCUAUGCUGUGCUUCCGGAAGAUGGUUUGCCAGAUUUAUACAGAAACAAGACGUUUGAACUUUUUGGAAACCCCUCAAGAGCGAAUCCUGACUGUCUAUGGGUCGCAAGAUACCUCCCUAAAAAGCUCCAUACGCCACUGCAAUACCCGGUUUCACACAACAUUGAGCUAUUGCAGGGUGUAGGAAUCUACAUUCCAGACAGACCACCAUGCUUGGAAAAAGUUGGUGUUGUGCUUGCCAUCAUAAUCUUGGUUUUUCUUGUCAUUGUGGCUGUCUAG